ACUAAAAUGGUUGUUAUUAAAAUUUUACGCCAAGGUGGUUUUAACAAGUUUUCACUGGCCAAAAUGAAGCUACAAUUGCUGUUUCUGUGCUGCGUGUCUGGAAUACAUUGUGCAAAAAUUUUGAUGAUUUUCCCGUUUCCUUCAUUUAAUUUCUACAAUUUAAUGUUCCGCCUAGUUAAGGAAUUGGCAAAUCACAACCAUAAAGUCACAUUUGUGUCACCUUUUGCGAACAACGACUCGGAGAUAAACUAUGAAUUUAUCUUCGUAGGAGAUUUAACGGAACGAAUGAAAAAAGUUAGGAUUGAACAUCUUAGUUUAAUGAAGAAAGGAACCAUUGGGAGAACAUUGUACGAUUUUAGUCUAGGGCUUGAGAUGACUGAACUUAUGCUAAAAAGCAAGCAAGUACAAAAUUUGUUGAAUUCGAGUCGGCGGUACGAUGUGGUAAUCAUAGAGCAAUAUUUCAACGAAGCUAUUAUCGGAAUGGGGCACCAUUUCAACGCCCCUGUUAUCAUUUUGUCUCCAGUCAGACUUGGUUUCCGAAGUAACCACUUAAUUGGAGCCCCUGCCCCAUCAUCAUAUGUCUUAGAUACACACAGUCUGGAAACCAAACUUGACACUUUUUGGGACAAGUUACAUAAUUUCCUCGUGAGAAAUUUUUUGGAACUGGUGAGAUCAACGAUUUAUCUAUCGAAACAAAACCAGUUGUUCAAAAAGUAUUUCAAAACUGAAGUUAAUCUAGACCAAGUAAUGUAUAAUGUCAGUCUUGUGCUCAGUAACAGUCAUAGUACCAUUCAUGACGCUGUUCCACAUUUGCCUGCAGUUAAAAAUAUAGGUGGUUAUCACGUCGAAACACCAAACAAGUUACCUGAAGACCUGAAAAAUUACCUCAAUACUGCGAAAAACGGAGUUAUCUUGGUUUCGAUGGGUUCAGGCUUGAGGAGUAAAGACUUGGAUCCCAAAAUGCACAAAUUAUUCAUUAAUGUUUUUUCGAAACUUAAACAAAACGUUAUUUGGAAAUUUGAAACCGAGUUGAAAAACACUCCCAAAAACCUUAAAACGUUUCAGUGGCUGCCUCAGCAGGAUGUGUUGGCACACCCAAAUAUCCGAGCUUUUAUAACACACGGAGGUGUCUCAAGCUUAAUUGAAGCGGUUUAUUUUGGAGUGCCUGUAGUUGGAAUUCCUUGUUUUGCCGACCAAGAAAACAAUUUGGAAACUGCUGCCAAAAGGGGAUAUGCCGUUAAGGUUCUUAUAAAAAACAUAACUGAAGACAAUUUGCAUGAGGCCUUACAGAAAGUUCUAAAUGAACCGAAGUAUAAACAAAACGCUUUAAAAAUGUCAAGACUAAUGCAUGACCAACCCAUGAAACCCAUCGAUUCUGCGAUUUAUUGGAUAGAGUAUGUAAUUCGUCAUCGAGGGGCUCCAUACCUUAGAUCAGCAAGUCUUGACCUGAAGUGGUACCAGAGGGAAAUGGUCGACAUUAUUUCUUUUAUUCUAGUCUUAGUUUAUGUAAUUUUUUUAAUUAUUCGAAAAUUGUGUGCUCUAAUAUGUAAAAAGAAACUAAAAACAGUAAUAUCAGAUAAAAAAAACAAGUAGGUAAUAAAACCGUCAAUAUCAUACCAAAUAA